AUGGCCCAGGCUGCAUUCCGAACGACUUGCGCAGGAUGCGGGGCGCCGUACCGCGACCCACGGCUGCUGCCGUGCCUGCACACCGCUUGCGCAUCUUGCGCUGCCUCGGGCCCGUGUCCGGUCUGCACCGCCGCUCUCCCGCCAGGCGCUGCUGCUGGCGAUCUCCCGCGCAAUCUCCUGGUGGCCAAUGUCCUGACUCGUGCUGCCUUGGCGGCUGGCCCGGCCUCACCUACUCCGCCGCCCUGUGCCGUUUGCUGCCCGCCGCCGCCUCUGACCGGCCCUGAUCGAGCCAAGCCGCCGCUGGCUGCCCCGCCGCCGUCGGCUGCCGCCAGCUACGCCUGCUCGCAGUGCGCGUAUCUGCUCUGCGAGACCCACGCCCGUGCCCAUGCUGCCGCCGCCGCCACAGGCCGGCAUACCCUUGCCGUCCUCCACUCCGACGAUCUGCCUCCCGUCCACGCUCCGGCACUCUGCGGACGGCACCAGCCGAGCGACGCUGACAACGCGCCGCCGCUCCCGCGCUCCGCAGCCGGCCCGCUCCCGCUUGAGCUGUACUGCUACUCGUGCAGUGAGCUGGUGUGCUCGCUCUGCGUCGUCGGCGCCCACCGCGGCUGCGAUGUCCGCCCGGUCGAUGAGGCUGCCGGCGACACGGCGUCGGCCCUGGUCGGCCUCCGCGGCGAGCUGUUUGCCCUUGCUAACGCCUUUAGCGCGUGUGCAGACACAGCGACCGCGGCCCAGGACCGCCUCACCGCCUCGGCAGGCCAGGCUGUCACCGCCAUUGACCUUGCCUUUGACGCCGUCUUUGAGGCGCUCGUCGCCCGCAAGUCAGCGCUCAUCCGCGAGCUCGAGAGCCAGCGCGCUGCACGCGCCUCCACUCUUGCCGCCGCCCAUCACGACGCCAUGCAAAGCCACGCCCGGGCUGCGUCUGCGGCAGCCUUUCUCGGACUCGCCCUUGAGCAGGCUAAUCCGCCGGAGCUCCUUGCCCUUGCGCCAUCGAUGACCGCUCGUGCCGACACUCUGCUCGCCACUGAGGCCGCAGUCGACGUCGGCACAAGCGCCGACACGCAGUUCACUCUCGCCCUGGAUCCGACUCCGGCAGUCACGGCCAUCGCUUCGCUAGGUGCCCUUCUCCCGCCGACAAGUGCGCCACAGGCGGCCGCGCAGCUCGCCGCACACCCUCGAGAGCCCCACGAGCCGUCGUUCCGAUCGCCAAGCCACCGCGUCGCCCCAUCACCGGCAUCAUCGUCUGCGCCCCAUGCCCCACUCUCGCACGCUGGGCCCACCACGCUCGUUCCUGACGGCCAGUCACCGGGCCGCAGGCGCAUCGACGUUGUUCGCCCGCGCAAGGUGUGGGGCAAGUACGGCCGGGCACUCGGUCAGUUCCGUGCGCCUGCGGGCAUUGCUUGUGAUGCUGUGACCGGCAAUCUAGUCCUCGCCGACAAGGACAACAGCCGACUCGUAGUCCUUGAUCCUUACGGCGUGUUUCUCGGCACUGUUGACGGCGGCGGGGCGCUGCGUGCGCCGACCGGCGUCGCCCUCGAUCAAAGCCGCUAUUACGUCUCGGACUCUGGCUGCCACUGCGUGUGGGUUCUCUCGCGCGAGAGCGGCGACGUCGAGCACGUCUGGGGCUCGCCUGGCUCGGGCAACGGUGAGCUCGCGUCGCCGCAAGGCGUCCUGCUCUUGCCUGACGGCUCGGGCACGCUUGCCAUCGCCGACUCGGGCAACGCACGAAUCCAGCUGUUUGAUAGCUCGGGCCUCUUUUCCCACAAGAUCAGCGGCCUGGCCGUGAGCGGAACCGAGCUGCGGCGGCCGUUUGGCCUCGCCUGGCUCGGCGCCGGCGACGCCGAGGCCGCCUCGGGCGCUGCCACACCGGCGCUGCUUGUUAGCGAUCUGGCCGGUGGCCGCAUCCUCGCCUUUAACAUGGACGGCACCGCGCACGCUCUCCACGCCCAGCUUGCUGGUCUUGAUCUGGUCUCGCCGGCCGGCCUUGGCCUCCUCGGCCAGCGCUAUUUGCUUGUUGCCGACUACACCAGCCACUGCGUGGUGGCGUGCGAGCUGGCGUCCGGCAAGAGCGUGCGAUUCGGCGGCCACGGGACGGCACCGGGCCUCUUUGUCAAUCCCAUCGACCUGGUAGUCGGAGGGCGGCAUGCCGCUGCUGUCGUUGUUGUUGACCACAGCAAUGCGAGGCUGCAGGCGCUCGACCUACAUUCGGCGCUGCACUCGGUGCUCGGGUGAAUUUGGUGCAACCAAACCCAUUCUGUGAGCGGCACGACGUGGGCCCACUCCAAUACAACAUUCGCCGCACUUUCUCUCCCAAGUCUUGGGUCGUUCCAAAUUUAACAUUCAGAGACAGCACGGGCAUUCUUGGACACUCACAGGCCUCCCGCAUCACGCGGGGAGCAGUGCCAUGGAGAGCUCGUCGGCAACUCCCUUGACGAAGGACGAGAAUUGCGCUCCGUUCAUCGGAGGCGUCAGAGCAUAUCUUUUUUUUUUGUCGCCGCUACGCAUACCUCUGUCUCACCCGCCCCUCAUGCCGCUGCUGCUCUCCGCAGUUUGCAAUUGCAAAUUCAAUCCAUCUGGGUGGUCACCACGUGCUCGACGACUCUUCGAGCUUGGAGCUUGCAUCGCGGGCCACCUCUGCCUGCGGGGUGGCAAAGACAUCAUCAAGCUUGACCGGUUUUUUGGACUUGGACUUGGACUUGGCCUUGGCCUUGCUGCGGCGCUUGCGACGGGCACGUUUGUCACCGACGUCGACGCCGUAGUCGUCAAUGUGCUUGUACUCGCCGUCGACGAGCUUGUGGCCGACGCGCUGGUGAUGGUAGCCGUCGUCAUCGGGGCGGCCGACGAUGACGCCGUCAAAGUCGUCGGUUGCGCCUUCCUCGGACGACUUGAGCUCAACAGGCAUGGGCUUGUCGAGGUUGGCAAACCUUGUUCCGCCCUUCUUCAGAUCCUUGAUGAUGAGCGGGAGCGUCUUGGGCAUGCCCUCAUCGGCCACGCCGAGCGCGAGGUACCAGUCGAUGUCGUCGUGGACCGACUGCUCAAUGGCAUCGACCUCGAGGUCGUUGACGUCGUCGCCAAACGGAUCUUCGAGCUCGUUUCCGACCGAGUUGAUGCCAAACAGGACGAGGGCAACAAAACAGGCCGGAAUGGGCGAGUACCAGCCGUAGAACUUGACAAGCACAAACGGCAGGGUGUAGACAUACAGCGCCAGAAAGUACCACAGCAGCUG